AGAAAGGUUUGGCGACGGUGGUGCUUGUGGAGAGAGACGGCUGGGGCUUGGAGUAGCACCACUGAAGUGCACCAGUCGUUCCUUUCAAUUUCCGAAUUAUUUCCCGUGGCUCUGGUGAACAACAAUUAUAGCAUGCAAUGACUUUGCACUCGUGGAUACAUCAACCGCUUUAGAUUAUUUGCUUGGUUUAUUAUUUUUUUCGUUUUAGGUGAAUGGGGAGGAUACUUGAGGUACAAUCGAGAGUGAGUGGUUUUGACAAUAUAUGUUGCUGCAAUAUGGUAUGCAACCUAAAGGCUUAUGGAAUAUAGCCAGAUUUCUCACAAUCUGUAUGCGUUCUCAUUCAGCCCGGUUAAAAAUAAAUUAUUUCUGCUCGGCAUCAUGUUUUUACUCUGGGUAUAUAUGCUCUACUCCUGCGUGGGCUACUGCGCCCCCAUGCCAAGUUUGGUCGUGGACAAUAACCGGGGAAAGGAGACUGGGACGGGGUCCGUGGUCGGUAAAAGGACCGAGAAUAACGCCAGAGCGGACCUCAUGUCCAGACUACUCCCUAUCCCACCCUGGGUGGAUAUAGAAUCCGAUUACGACGAACCAUCCGUCCGGACCUCCUCCAGAGACCUGCUCAAUAAAGAGAUAGACGCGUACAGAGGAGUUGAGGACUGGGGUGAGAUGAGGGGUGAGGGUCAGAGAGCUCCUGAACCCGGUGCGAUGUCAAGUUUCUCCAACGACUUGGGGAGCAAGAAACUGCCGCAGGCGAUCAUCAUCGGGGUAAAGAAAGGAGGGACGCGCGCGCUGCUCGAGUUCCUCCGCGUGCAUCCAGACAUCAGAGCUGUGGGAGCCGAGCCGCACUUCUUCGACCGCAACUACGAGAACGGACUGGAGUGGUACAGGGAGCUGAUGCCCAAGACCCUGGAGGGCCAGAUCACCAUGGAGAAGACCCCCAGCUACUUUGUGACCAGAGAAGCCCCGGCCCGGAUCUCCGCCAUGUCCCGGGACACCAAGCUGAUCGUGGUGGUGAGGGACCCCAUUACCAGGGCUAUCUCUGACUACACACAGACACUAUCCAAGAACCCAGACAUUCCCACCUUCGAGAGCCUGACCUUCAAAAACAGGACUACGGGGCUCAUCGACACGUCCUGGAGCGCCAUCCAGAUCGGCAUCUAUGCCAAGCACCUGGACAACUGGCUACAGUACUUCCCCAUGGGCCAGAUUCUGUUCGUAAGCGGGGAGCGUCUGAUCAGCGACCCGGCUGGAGAGCUGGGCAGGGUGCAGGACUUCCUGGGACUCAAGAGGAUCAUCACAGACAAACACUUCUACUUCAACCAGACCAAGGGUUUCCCCUGCCUCAAGAAGGCUGAGGGCAGCAGCAAGCCCCACUGCCUGGGCAAAACCAAAGGGCGGACCCACCCCAACAUCCACCCAGAGGUGGUGCAGAGGCUACGGGACUUCUACAGGCCUUUCAACAUGAAGUUCUACCAGAUGACAGGACAUAACUUUGGUUGGGAUUGAUGGAUGUGAAUUUGGGAGAACACAUUGUUUAUUUUAUUUUCUGUAAUUCAGCUCACGAACAGAAUCUGUGUGUGUGUAUGUGUAAGAUGUACAGAAAUCUAUUUUAUAAUAAUUUAUUUUUUAUUUCUAAGCAAUUAAUUCACUAAGCUGCCUAACCAUAUAUGUACAUGCAUAAUAUCUGGCCCACACUUUGUUUUAUAUUUUUUACAUUCCACCCUUAAUGUUUUUUUUCUUUACUCUUCACAUAAUGGUCCCUCAUGUCAACUCAGUAGAGUUAAAAUGGUCCAUAAUGUCAAUAGUAUAGUUUAAGUAAGAAUAGAGGGAUAUUGAUUAAGGCCCCGUUUUAUGGGUAUAGAGUGUUGACAGAACAGUAAUACAUACUCCAUUCAUGUGCAUUCUGAUUUAAACAUUCAUUUUCAAUAGCCAUCAUCAAACCCUUCCUCAAUAACCAUCAUCAGACCCAUCCUCAAUAGCCUUCCUCAACAGCCAUCAUCAGACUCUUCCUCAAUAGCCAUCAUCAGACCCUUCCUCAAUAGUCAUCAUCAACCCCUUCCUCAAUAGCCAUCAUCAGACCCUUCCUCAAUAGCCAUCAUCAUACCCUUCCUCAAUAGCCAUCAUCAAACCCUUCCUCAAUAGCCAUCAUCAUACCCUUCCUCAAUAGUCAUCAUCAAACCCUUCCUCAAUAGCCAUCAUCAGACCCUUCCUCAAUAGUCAUCAUCAAACCCUUCCUCAAUAGCCAUCAUCAGACCCUCACCCCCACAUUACUCCUAUCGGUUUCUGUUCCAUCCAUUCAAACACUGUGUUUCAUUGAAAUUAGGUCCUUUCAGUUAUUACCGGUUACCCCCAUCCACAACCCAUUAUCCUACCGUCCCAUUGGCCUAACCAGCUGAUCUCCUGCCCUGUCAUUGGCCUAACCAGCUGAUCUCCUGCCCUGUCAUUGGCCCAACCAGCUAAUCUCAUGUCCCUUUCACUUAAUAACAGGUGGAUCAAUCGGCCUAACUGCUGCUCAUUGUGUCAGCCAUGCUUAAUGCGUGGCCUUCCUCUUCUAGUGCUCCUAUAGCCUGUUCCAAUGAAUGGCCCAUCCACCAAAGGUCUAAAUCCUAUUUCUGACUGCAUCACAUUGAUAUGGCUCCAUGUUGACAUGAUGCUAAUGGAAUAACUUUACUGAGGCCCAUUGAUUCAGGUCUCCUCUCCACUAUACUCUUGCUCCCAUUACAAGACACUGUUGGCUCAGAGCCAGGGUUCAAAGGUCAUACACAAUCAAAUUUGCUCUGAGGGACAUUCGAUUUGUUGAAGAGACUGAGAGGGGAGGACACACUGGAUCAGGGGAGGACUGUAGUAUAGUCCUUGAAUGCAUCCCAUAUGGCACACUACCCUAUAUAGUGCACUACUUUAGACCAGAGCCUUGUGAACCCUGGUCAAAUGUAGUGAAAUAUAAAGGGAAUAGGGUGGCAUUUGGGACACCCAUUGUCUUCAUGGUGCAGUGAGAAUGCUUGGCAUGAGUUGAGGUAGGAUGUCUGAUACAGAUGAUAUGAAAACUUUCUUCAUAUGAGAAACAGUCUAGUUAUGCUGGCCCAUACUCUCACAGGUAGGGGCUACUUCAAAGCCAUCCUAUCCUCUUUGGAUUGUAAAACUGCUGAAUAUGCACCCUAUUCCCUACAGUGUACUACUUGUGACCAGGGCCCAUAGUGAAUAGGAGACCAUUUGGGUUGUAAGCCUAAAACGGCUGAGUGUGGAGGGACCCAGACUGAAUAUGCACAUCCUUUCCCCUACAUACUACACAUUAAAUUCCCUCCAAUCAAAUGCAAAGUUGAAAGUGUCUGUCACUGACUAUUGGCAAUUUAAAAGUAUAUCAAAAAAAGAAGUGACAGUAUGGUACUUUUUUCAAGUUUUAAGAAAAUGUUGCGCCUCUAAACUACCCAGUCUAAUUCAAAUACCCAACCUCCAUCUCAUUUCAACAGUGUGGAACCAGUUAUGAAGGUAGAUUUAAAAAAAUCUCAAACCAGUGGAUGGUAUUAGUGGAAAUGAGGGGUUGUCCCAGCAUUUUACUGGUCCCUUAUUCACAUAGUGGCUUUUACCACCAAGGAAUUUACACCUGUUUUCAAUGAUCAUGCCUAUAUGGACAACGCCUCAACCUCCCCUUCUCUCCUUAUAGUGCAAUGUUGGUUGAAAACAUUUAAAAUGGCCUUUGUAUAGAGCAGGAAAUUCUGAAUGUGAGUAAUGUCAAUCUUUCUCCCUGUAACGGUUGGAGUAAAGAAGACUGGGGCAGUUGCCCUCUGUUACAUUUACAGUCCCACUAAUGCAUUGGAAUUAUGGUGUUAUUCAUGUUACUAAGAGAGUAGGUGUGCAUCCUAAAUGGCACUCUAUUCCUUAUUUAGUGCACUACUUUUGACCAAGGCCUACAGAGCUCUGGUUAAAAGUAGUGCACUUUAUAGGAAAUAGGAUCGGUCCGAAAGGAAACGCUAUCUCAAACGCUUGCACUCAUGGUCACGAUCCACGCUGCUGUAUCCGUUCUGGUUGAGUUUUAUUCAACCCUUUUAGAGAUCUACAAAAUAUAAUGCUAUGGUUCUUUGUCUUUCCCACCCCGUCUGCAUAUAAUGUGGUUCAUAUUUAGAGGUUUAUCAGAUUCGGUAUGUUUAAAAAUGAAAAGGAAAAUGGACAUCAAGUAUUUUGUGGUAUCUUGUACAUCAAAGGAAUUUUACACAGUGAAAGAGCAAAAUGGAAGAAAUGUUUUUAAAUAAUGAAAUGCUGAACAUUCAAACUAUUUCUUUGUAUGAAGAAAUAAAGUAUAUAUUUUAC